AAUUCUCUAAUCCAUGAUGUUCCGUCAAGCACUUAAAGUUGUUCCUACUGUUUCCAAGUUCUCUUUUGCCAGAAGCGCUGCUAGGCCUUUUAUUUUGGGGCCAAUGAUGGCUCAAUUCUCGACCAGCAUCUCUAGGAUGAACGCACCAGAUGCCAAGACCCUUGUCCAGCAGGAGCUGGACUACGAGAAGAAUGACGCUUUCGAUCUGGAUCCAAGCUUUGUGGCCUACAUGAAGAACGAAAAUAUCAAAGCCAUUGAGCCAAACGAGCAUGCUUUUUCUCACAUGAUUAAGGAAUGGAACGAUGAGAAGGUUCAUGUUCUGUUUGACAUCCAGAAAAUCACGUUUGCUACCCACGCUAAUAAGCAGAUCAACGAGGAAAUCGGCAGCGAGGAGGAUCAAAGCGAGGUGUUUUCUGCGGGAAUGACCGAGACUGCGGAUCUUUCUGUUGUUUUGGAGAAGAACGGUAAGGCUUUGCAGUUCGAUUUGGAUCUGAGCCCAGAUGAGUACCACUUCAUCAUCAAUGGAGUCAGAACUUUUGACACCGUCGAUCUAGCUCUUGACUAUUCUAGCAACAGUGUGGACCAGAAGGACCUCCUGUACAGCGGACCUUUGUUUGAAAAUCUUUCACUGGAAAUGCAAGACAUGUUCUAUGACCUGCUGAGGGAGAGGGGAGUGGACGAGGAGCUUGGUGAGCUUUUGGUUGCCUAUGCUACCUGGAAGGAAAACAACAUGUACAUUGACUGGCUCGAAAAGCUGCAGAGCUUCGUUUGAGCUCUCCAUGAUGGGGCCCCCCUGUAUAUAGAGAAUAAUGUUGAGGCGUGUGCGCGUCGAUAGACGCGACGACCAUAAUUUUU